CUGUGGAGCACUUCACAGGUUGACUGUUAUGAACAGAAGAAGUAAAUAGGUCUCGAAACUUCAGGAGGUUUCCCGAAGGCUACCAAUUUAGUUACAUUAGGACGGCAAGAGUGGAAAAAUCAUCUCUUCUAAUGUGAUAGCCAUCAUGGUAAAGGACUCGCAUACCCCUGAUUCACCUGAGUUAUGUAAUCCUGCUAGUAGUCAGGAGAAAAUCAGCAAGCAAGAAUAUGUUGAAGUUUCUGUUUCAGAUAAACUUUUGACCACUGGUCAUGAAAAUGAUAUUUUAGGUAAUGGUCAUGGAUCUUCUUGUGCGAGGGCAUGUGAUGGUGUUAGUGAUUCUGUAAAUAGAUGCUCGGAUAGUCCUUCAAAUGUUACUUCACACUUAUCAAUUAACAAUGAGUAUAAUACGUGCUCAGUGGUAAAUCGAUAUAUUGAGAAAGAUGUAGAUGAUGACAAUUCGCCAACUCACUCUGUAGCCAAAUUAAGUAUGAACUUGAAAAACCCAGAAAAAGACAAAAAUGGUGACACACAAAAAGAUAAAAGCUCAAUUUUAGAAGGAAAUCAAGAUCAAGAAUUUGUGUUUUUACAAGACAUGGGAUUUACUGUGAAACUAGCUGUUCCUGGAUUGGAACCAUUUGACAUUCAGGUUAGCUCUAUUGAACUUGUUCAGGAAAUCCACCAACUGUUAAUGGAUCGAGAAGACACCUGUCAUCAUACCUGUGUGUCUCUGCAACUGGAUGGUACCACUCUAGACAACUUUUCAGAGAUUAAGAAUAUAGAGGGACUAAAGGAGGGCUCUGUGAUAAAAGUUGUAGAAGAACCAUACACAAUGAGAGAGGCUCGUAUUCAUGUUCGGCAUGUACGGGAUCUCCUGAAGUCUAUCGACCCUGCCGAUUCCUACAAUGGGAUUGACUGCAUCUCCAUCUCCUACCUUAAUGUGGUAACUCAAGGUGAUAUUUUAGAAAAAAAGAAAAGUAGACCUAAUUUUAUGGACUGCACUCCUCCCAAUUAUAUCAUGCCAGGAAAUAGAGAAUGCUCUUUGGUGCCCCUCCUACCUCAAAUCAAAGACCAAAAGGGUCCUCAGGCUCUCAAGGUUUUAAUGAUAAGUGGGUGGAAUCCUCCUCCAGGGAUUAGAAAAUUACAUGGGGAUUUAUUGUAUCUUUAUGUGGUUACACUGGAGGAGAAACGAGUUUAUAUCACAGCAUCUACUCGAGGAUUCUAUGUUAAUCAGACAACAGAAGAAGAAUUGAAUACUAAACCUGCUAACCCUAAACAUGUUUAUCAUUCUUUAAUAGACCUUUUAGGGCAGAUAAGCCCUGCUUUCAAGAGAAACUUUGCAAUAAUUCAGAAAAAACGAACACAGCGACAUCCAUUUGAGCGGGUGGCCACACCGUACCAGCUUUAUACAUGGACAGCACCUUUGGUGGAACACACUGUUGAUUCUAUCCGAGCAGAAGAUGCCUUUUCCUCUAAACUUGGUUAUGAAGAGCACAUACCUGGGCAGACUAGGGAUUGGAAUGAAGAACUACAGACAACUCGAGAAAUCCCUAAAAAGACACUACCUGAAAGACUGCUUCGGGAACGUGCAAUUUUUAAAGUUCAUAGUGAUUUUGUUGCAGCAGCAACUCGGGGAGCUAUGGCUGUAAUUGAUGGGAAUAUCAUGGCUAUUAAUCCAGGAGACGAAACAAAAAUGCAAAUGUUUAUAUGGAACAACAUUUUCUUCAGCCUGGGGUUUGAUGUGAAGGAUAAUUAUAAAGAACUUGGAGGGGAUGCUGCUGCUUUUGUUGCACCUUGUAAUGACCUGAAAGGAGUUCGAGCUUACAAUACUGUUGAUGUUGAUGGGUUGUACACUCUUGGAACUGUUGUGGUUGACUACAGAGGUUACAGAGUUACUUGCCAGUCAAUUAUACCAGGGAUCCUUGAGAGAGAACAAGAGCAGUCAGUGGUGUAUGGGUCUGUUGACUUUGGAAAAACUGUUGUCUCUCAUAAGAAAUACAUGGAAUUGCUGGAUAAAGCUGGGCAACAUCUGAAGAUUCUUCCUCAUAAAGUUGCUAAUGACAAGGGUGACAUUGUUGAACUGUGCUCCUCUGUAGAAUGUAAGGGUAUUAUAGGUAACGAUGGGAGACAUUACAUCCUGGAUUUACUGAGAGCAUUUCCACCCGACGUAAACUUCCUUAUUUUGGACGACGAAGGACUCAGCAAAGAAGCCCAAUCUCUAGGGUUUCCCCGGGAACAUAAACACAAAUUGUGCUGUCUGCGUCAGGAACUUGUUGAUGCAUUUGUCGAAGCUAGAUAUGUGAUGUUCAUCAAACUUGCUGCCUACGGUCUUCAAGAAAUUGGACUGAAAAACUUACUAAAAGACAAGGAAAAGGGGAAAAAUAUGAAAGAUGAGAAGACAGUAGAAGAAAUUAAGGAAGAGGAAAGAAAAGUCCUCAAUGACAGUAAAUUAAAAGAAAAUGAUGAUAAAGAGAAGACAGACUAUGUACCUUCUGCUGAUAGAUAUUUCCAUGACAGCUUACGAGAAAGUGAAGAUUUGAGGAACCUAGAAGAUGUUUUUAACCAACAGGAUGACGAGUUCAAAAAGAUAGCUGAAUCAAUUGUCAAUGGAAAAGAAACAAAAAUAGACAAUACAAAAGAAAUUAUCAAACAAGCUGCUCAAGCUGUUGGAUCUUUGAAGGAAUCAGAAUAUGAUAUCCGCUUCAAUCCCGAUGUAUAUAAUCCAGGAGUUCAGCAUCCUGAAACUGAGAAAGAAAAUCUGAAAAAACAACAGCAGUUAGUCAAAGAUGCUGCAUACUUCUUACUUACUGUUCAGAUUCCUAGUUUUAUCAGAGACUGCUUAGAACAUUCUACCUCACCAAUCGAUGGUACAACACUUACUGAGGCUUUACACAGCAGAGGUAUCAACAUACGCUACUUGGGCAAAGUGGCAGAGAUGCUGGCAAAGAUCCCUCAGUUACAGUAUGUUUAUGCAAUCAGUGUUCAAGAGCUCAUUUCUCGGUCUGCCAAACACCAGUUUAUGGCUUAUCUGCAAGCUGUAGAAACAAUGAGUCUGGCAGCAGCGAUCAGCCACUUCUUAAACUGCUUUCUGUCAUCUUGUUUAACCCUCCCUGCCCCAAUUGGUGCUGAAGAGCUUCAGUUUAGGAACUCAAAACGAAAGGGAAAACGAAAGAAUAAACAGAAUUCUUUCCUUGUUCAAGAUAAUAAUGAGUGGACAGUGCUUACGCCUCGAUCCUUCUGGAGUAACCUAAAAGCAGAACUUCAAUCAUACUAUAACUGGACACUAGAAGUGGAAUGUGUUGAUGCAGUUGUUGAACACUAUGGCAUCCAGAAAAUCUCACUUCUUCGCUCCUUCUGCAUGAAGUGUGGUGUUCAGAUCCUCUUGAAGGAGUACAGUUUAGAUAAUCACAGUCGUUCGGCAUUUACAGAAGAUGAUAUCUUGAACGUGUUUCCUGUGGUGAAGCAUAUUAACCCCAGGGCCACAGAUGCUUAUAAUUUCUGCACUACAGGCCAGAACAAGAUCCAACAGGGGUUUUUAAAGGAAGGGUAUGAACUAAUAACCAAAGCUCUAAACCUGUUGAACAAUGUGUAUGGAGUCAUGCACCCAGAAAUAGCCCAAUGCCUCAGAAUGUUGGCUCGACUUAACUAUAUAAUGGGGGAUCACACAGAAGCUAUUGAAUACCAGCAGAAAGCAGUACUGAUGAGUGAGAGGGUGAAUGGUAUCGAUCAUCCCUACAACAUUACAGAAUAUACUAACCUAGCAUUGUACUGUUUCGCUAAUUCCCAAGUAAGCACAGCUUUAAAACUUCUUUACCGUUCUCGAUAUCUGGCUCUGCUCAUCUGUGGAGAGAAUCACCCAGAAAUAGCCAUGCUGGAUAGCAACAUUGGACUUGUGCUUCAUGCCAUAGGAGAGUACGACCUCUCGUUGAGCUUCCUACAAAAUGCAUUAAAACUCAAUAGCAAGUAUUAUGGAAACAAAAGUCUAAAAGUGGCCAUUAGUUACCAUCUCGUGGCACGCACACAAUCUUGUAUGGGAGACUUUCGAGCUGCACUCCAAAACGAGAAGGAGACAUUUUCAAUAUACAAAGCACAUCUUGGAGAAGACCACGAGAAGACGAGAGAGAGCUCAGAAUGUUUACGACACCUUACUCAACAAGCAGUUGUCCUACAGAAGAAGAUGAAUGAGAUCUACAAGGGUAAACCUGGAGCAACGUUACCACCUAUUCAGAUCCAGCCACCUUCUAUGAGUAAUGUCCUUGGUAUGCUUAACAUCAUAAACGGUAUACUCUUUGUUCAUAUCAGCCAACAAGAUCUUGAGCACUUCAAAGCUGAAUUUGAACGACACCAACAGAAAGAGACAACAGCAGACAUGGUGGUAAAUGAUGACUCUCUUGGUUCUUCUGAUAUUCUAGAAGCUGAUAAAAAAGACACUGCCAGUAGAUAAUUGUAACAGAAUAUAGGAGAAACAUCUUUUUUUUUCCAACUUAAAGAAAUGUCUGGUGAUGCUGUCACCGAGCAGAUUUUGUUGGAAUCAUAGUUAUCAUAAAUGCUGCCACUUAUCGAAGACUUGGUAUUCUACUCUCCUGAAUGUAUCAUAUACCUACUUGUCAAUUGUUUAAUGCUUUAAGUGGUGGGGACCAUCAUGUUAUAAAGUAUUUGACUUGUUAUAUUUGAAUUUAACAAGAACUGCUGGGUUCAUCUGUACAUUAGGACUUCCCAUUGUCCAUAAGCUUCAAAAAUACAAAAGGUAUAAAAUAAGUUUUAUUAAACAAAUGAAUAAAUCCUUUUUUCUCUGCUCUGAGACACGGUCUUUGGGGUUAGAGAACUGUUAUGUUAUGCAGCAGCAUGGUGAAGAAAGGCAUCAUACACUGAUAGUCAUAUGUUAAAAUAAUAACCAAGAGUUGAUAGAAAGUAGUUACACAUAGGGUUUGUCCAAGUUAAUUAACCUCUUAAGUUAAGUUGAAGUUUUAGCAUUUCCCUAGACUCCUUGCAGCACACAUAGUGAAGUGACAUAACAUGUUUAAACUACACAAACUAACUGCUGUGAGAGAUAAAACGGGUAAGUUUAAAUAACCUGAAUUAAUGUUAAAUACCAGCAGUGAUCCAGAUUAGGCGGAUCAAU